AUGUCUGUGGGAAAAUUAAAAGCAUUUGAUAUUAAUGACGGGAAGUGGUCGACAUAUUGUGAGAUCGUGGAACAAUACUUUUUAGCCAAUGAUGUAGAUGACGCGAAGAAGGUUCCUAUACUGAUAGCAUGUGUGGGUACUGCCACAUACGAGUUAAUGGUAGACCUUUGCAGUCCAAAGAAACCAAAGGACCUUAAAUACGACGAUUUGAUCGAGUUAGUCGCGUCGCACAUUCAACCGAAGCCAUCUUAUCUCGCCGAACGGUACAAGUUUCGUUUAACAAAGCAAACCGAAGGUGAAUCGGUCGCCCAGUUUGCCGCCUCGUUGAAGCGCCUCGCUACAACGUGCGACUUCAAAACUACGUUAGAUGACAACCUGAGGGACCAAUUUAUAUGUGGCCUUAAAGACGAAACAACCCGUCAACGCUUGUUUUGCGAAGAAAAUCAUUUAGAUUUCAAAAGGGCCUAUAAAAUGGCGGUAUCGUUGGAGUCCGCUGCCAAAAACGCCGCAACUGUUGUAGACAAAAAACCGUCUAGCUCCAAAGAAGACGAUCUUCAUGCGGUAUACACGGCGCCGGCACCGGGACAGGGGCGCGGCACCAGCGGCGCGCGCUUCGCUCGGCGGGGCGGCGCGGCGGCCGCCACGGCUGGCCGGGGGCGCGGCGCGGGCACCGCGGCGCGGCCGACCCGGAGCUCGUGGGGCCCUCGGCAACAGUGUAUCUGCUGUGGCGAACAAGGUCACGACCAAACCAGAUGCAAGUUCAAGGAAUACGUUUGUAAAAUAUGUUUAAAAAAAGGCCAUUUAAAAAGAGUGUGUCCCAACAUUCGUGACAUGAAUUAUACUACGAAUAUCAACAUGGAAAAUAAUUGGGGGCAAGAUAACGGCUCAAAUAGCAACCCGGAUGAAGACUGGGAGCCAGGCCAGACUGGUGAUUUUGAGGGCCUAUACCACGUAGAACUGACGGGACGGGAGCCGGUAAUUGCCGAGGUCAUCGUCGACGGGAAGAAGCUGCAGAUGCAUGUUGACACCGGUUCACCAGUUGCUUGUAUUAACGAAAAUAUGUACAAAAAGUUGUUCGGACACCACACAUUGCAUAAAGACGAUUCGAAGUUACGUGGAUACAAUCGUGUACCAAUCCAGUCUCUCGGAUUCAUACGUGUAAGUGUGGCGUACUUAAACAUUAGACAAGAAUUGGACCUACAUAUCAUCGUGAACGGCGGUGUACCAUUAUUAGGUAGGGAGUGGAUAAAACCAUUAGGUAUGAGCAUCAUCGUCACAGACUCAGUGUUAAAAAUCGACAAAAGUAAUAACAAGUGCAUUGAAGUGUUAGAUACGUCAGCGUUGAUGCGUGAACAUUCCGGCGUGUUUAGCGAGUCCCUUGGAAGGCAUGUGAGCGCGCGCGCGACGCUGCGCGUGCGGCCGGACGCGCAGCCCGUGUUCCGGCGCGCGCGCCCGCUUCCGCUUGCGUUGCGCGCGCCAGUCGACGCCGAACUCGAGCGCAUGGAGCGCGCAGGUAUAAUUACGCCGAUCUCUUCCUCUGACUGGGCUUCAUGCUUGGUUGUCGUGGUCAAAAACAAUGGUAGCCUUAGAAUUUGCGGGGAUUAUAAGUCCACCCUCAAUCCGGUAUUAGAAGUAGACAGAUAUCCACUUCCGCGUGCCGAACAGUUAUUUAAUAAUCUUAAUGGGGGAAAACUAUUUUCCAAAUUGGAUUUGAAGGAAGCAUAUAUGCAAGUUGAACUCAGCGAGGAAUCGAAAAAGUACACAGUAGUAAACACACAUCGCGGUCUAUACAUGUAUAACAGAUUAGUAUAUGGGGUAGCGUCAGCAGCGUCAAUAUUUCAGCGCGUCAUAGAACAGGUAGUGGCCGGAAUCCCCAAUGUGACAGUUUAUCAGGAUGACGUUUUGAUUACCGGUAAUAGUGAAGCCGACCACAUUAAAAACUUAAAAAGUGUCCUAAACCGCUUUGAAGCUGCGGGGUUGACUUUGCGCAAAGAGAAAUGUACUUUUUUCGCAAAAGAAGUUAAGUAUUUGGGCUUCAUUAUUUCUGAAAACGGGGUAAGAAUGGACAAUGACAAAAUUAAGCCUAUAUUGGAGGCUCCGGCACCCGAAAACACGUCUACACUAAAAUCCUUUUUGGGCAUGGUUAAUUUUUAUUCGAAAUUCAUUAAAGGAUUCACAGAUAUCUUGACGCCGCUAUACCGAUUGUUAAAGAAGGGACAGACGUGGGAGUGGGGCCAACCGGAAAAAGAAGCCUUCAACAAAAUCAAAGUCGCAUUAACGAAUAGUCCAGUUUUAACUCAUUAUAGUGAAAGCCUGCCACUGAUUCUAUGUUGUGACGGGAGCCAGACGGGGGUAGGUGCCGUCAUACUGCACCGAACGGCGGAGGGUGAACGGCCCAUCGCAUAUGCAUCGCGCGCGCUUAAUGCGGCCGAGCGUAAUUAUAGUCAGAUUCACCGCGAAGCACUUAGUAUCGUCUUUGGCAUAAAAAAAUUUCAUACGUACUUGUAUGGUCGGCAGUUCACCCUGCGUACAGAUCAUCGUCCGCUGGUAAGCAUUUUUGGGUCUAAAGCAGACAUUCCAGCCACUGCUGCUGGGCGGCUCAUUAGGUGGGCGCUAUUGUUGUCGGGCUACCAGUAUGACAUUGAGUACGUAAAAUCAGCAGACAACAUAGCAGAUGGACUGUCUCGCUUACCAUUACCCAUAGUAGACCAGAGCGAUGCCAGUGACGAUUGCAGCUUUGUACAGUUUAUAGAAAAUAAUUUUCCAAUUCGUGCGCUCGAUGUCAAGAGGGAAACUGCCGUUGAUAAAACACUUAAUCUAGUGUCACAAUAUGUCAAAUCAGGUUGGCCGAAGACAGGAGUGGCAGCAGAUCUGCUCCCUUAUUAUAGAAGACGAGAUGAGCUCAAUGUAGAAGGUGGGUGUCUCAUAUGGGGUUCUCGUGUCGUGGUGCCGGCGGCGCUGCAGGCGGCAGUGCUGGCUGAGGUGCACGGUGGACACCUGGGCAUUGUCAAGUGUAAGAGUAUCGCGCGGAGCUAUGUCUGGUGGCCUAGGAUAGAUCUGGACAUCGAGCAGCAGUGCAACUCAUGUCGGGUUUGUGCAGAGACAGCGGAUGCACCCCCGCGAGUCGCCAUAGUGCCUUGGACCACGUCAAAAAAGGCAUUCGAUAGAAUACACAUAGAUUUUUUGUCAUAUAAUGCGAAAUCAUACCUUAUAGUCGUAGAUAGUUAUUCAAAAUGGAUAGAAGUGUUUCCAAUGACUACUACAACGGCCGAAGCUACUACAGAUAAGUUAAGGGAGUUAUUCGCUAGAUUUGGGAUUCCAUCCAAAUUAAUCUCAGAUAAUGGACCCCCAUUUAGUAGUGAACAAUUCGCAAGUUUCUUAAUGAAAAAUGGGGUCACACACAUCACGUCAGCUCCUUACCAACCUGCGUCGAAUGGGGAAGCGGAGAUAGCUGUGCGCACAAUAAAAAAAUGUUUAAAGAAGGCAACGAAAGAAAACACUAACCCUAACCAAUUUUUACAGCGCUUUUUGUUAGAUUAUAGAAACACUAAACACUGCACUACGGAUGAGUCACCAGCUGCAUUGUUGCUAGGGCGUCAAUUAAAAACAAGACUUGACCUACUCAAAACCGGUCUGUUUGACACUGUAGAAAAAAAUAAGCAAACAAAAAUAGCUCGUGGACCCCAGAACAGUAGGUCAUUCGAAGUCGGGGAUUUAGUGUGGGCCAGAGACUUCCGUAAGGGUCAUAAGUGGAUUGAGGCUACGAUUAAGCAGGUAUUAGGCAACAAUAACUAUAAAGUUCAGACAGAGGAAGGCAUAAUAUCUCGGCACACAAAUCAAUUACGCGCGCGCCACGAUUACGGGACGGCGCCGACGGACGAGCGCGAGGCACGUUACAAUGGCGUGACAUCGGGCGUUAACGUAGCUCCCCUGGCGGCGGCAGGUUGUAGGAUCCCGAGGGAUGCACCAGCGCCACCCGCCGCCAGCCCCAGACCGGUGCGCGCUCGCAUGCCUGUUAUGCGUUACGGUUUUGAAGAAGCGUAUCCGUAA